GCCCACCAACCUCGACACUCAUUCUAAAGGAUCAGAAACGAUUGACUACCUCACACACUAGCCAUGCCUCCCAAGUUCGAUCCCUCCGAGGUCAAGGUCAUCCACCUCCGUGCGACUGGUGGUGAAGUCGGUGCCUCAUCCGCACUCGCCCCCAAGAUCGGUCCUCUCGGUCUGUCGCCAAAGAAGGUCGGUGAAGAUAUCGCCAAGGCCACUGGUGACUGGAAGGGUCUCCGUGUCACUGUCAAGUUGACCAUCCAAAACCGUCAAGCCGCCGUCUCCGUCGUUCCCUCCGCAUCUUCCCUUGUCAUCAAGGCUCUUAAGGAGCCUCCCCGCGACCGCAAGAAGGAGAAGAACAUCAAGCACACCAAGAGCAUUCCCCUCGAUGAGAUCAUCAGCAUUGCCCGCACCAUGAGGUUCAAGUCCAUGGCCAAGGACCUCAAGGGUACCGUCAAGGAGAUCCUCGGAACUGCUUUCUCCACUGGUUGCCAGGUUGACGGCCGUAGCCCCAAGGACAUCUCUGAUGACAUUGAGUCUGGCGAGAUUGAGAUCCCUGAGGAGUAAACUCUACAGUACUGGACUGUUUCAAAAUAAUGAAGGAACGACCUGCAUAGAGGUGCUACAUAGCUGAAUGGAUGAGAUCAAUGAUACCCAGACUUUACGUCGCGAAUGUGUAUGC